GCACAGGUAUUCUUUAUCAAAUUAUAAAUGAAGAGGCCAUAUUUAUUCAAAUGCUUACUGAUAACAAUAAUUCAUAACUAUCAGGACCUUAAUACUCUCUAGAAUAUCCUGUAUUUUUAUAAGCUGAAAGUAGUUUCAGUCCCUAAUGCUUUCCAGUUAUUUUUGUUUCUUAUAGAAAGCAUCUGUCCGUUAAAACCAAGUGAGAAAGAAAGAAAGAGAAAACAAAUUAAAAAAGAAGGAUCUUGUUUUGUUAUUCUUACAUUAGGUAAGACUGACAGUAAGCUGAACGUGUUCCAAAAGCUUGCACUGUGUUAUUGAUCUUCAGGUACUAUCAUUUACCAGAUUAAUCAGAUUCAACAAAGAGUGGACAUUAAAAAAUAUUAUGUAAGAUAAGGCUUUCCUAAACUCAGAUACGAGGCACAUAAUGAAUAGGUUUGAGUUAACGGCUUCAAAACAGAAAACAGUUACAUGGCUUUAAGGUGAACUAACAGAUGAGGAUUGUGCUGGUGAUUUAAUGGGAGAUAGGAAGAAAACCAUUGGAUAUAAAUACCUUCUAGAAACCUAAGCUGCAAACAGACACAAGAAAAGAGAGUUAUAUAGCCUUAAAAAUGAAUCUGACGCACAAAAUGGACAUUUUCUCCUUUCUUUAGAUAUAUCAAACCCAGGAGCAUUCUCCAGAAGUGUAGACCAAAGUUGUCUAUUGCAUUUAGCUGUGAAAAUGUGAGACAGGCUAUCAGAGGUAGAAUCCCUGCUAUCCUUGAUGCUGGGAGUGAGCAAGAGGAAAGCUGGUAAUGUAGGAGGGGGAGCAUGGAGCAUCCAUGUAAGGUGCUAUUUAUAUUUCUAUUGUGGUAUAAGGGUCUUUUAUAUAAAGGUCAUUUCUUGCAAAGUUUGACUAAUAUAUCAUGCUUAUCACCUAAUUCAUUUUUAUCAGAUUUAUUUAUUCCUAAUAAAAAAAUAAAGCCACAAAAAUUGUAAUAUUGUUUUUAUUUGUGAAUUUCACGCAGGCAAUGCUGUACAGGUGAUUCAAACUAUUUCUUCUGAUCUUGGAACAUAUGGUACUCAAGGCUACUAAAAGAGCACAGCCUAAUGGCUGCUUUCCUGCAAGCAUAUUGUUGUGGACUAUUUGAAGAAAUAGAAUGUUAAAAAUGUUUCAUGGUUGGAAGCAUGAAAAGGGAAAGCAAUGAGUCACAGAAAAUCCUUGAAACCACCAAAUAAUUGAGAUUCCUGGGACUGCAUUUGAACAUGUAAAGGAUCAUGGCUGAAACUGCAGUUUGCCUUGGCACAUUCACUGCUGUGAAGACACUUUGGGAAGUGAGAAUACACAAGAUAAAUGAAGAAUUACAGAAAGAAAAGGAAUUCAGGCAGAGGUCUGCAGGAAGGCUACUGCUUGUCUGGGAGGAAAGAGCUGCUUUGGCAAAGCUCAAAGAAAGAGUUAUUAAUGAAGAUGGAAGAGCAAUUUUAAGGAUAGAGGAAGAAGAAUGGAAGACACUACCUUCGUGCUUAUUGAAACUAGUCCAUCUCCAGGAAUGGCAGCUUCAUAGAACUAGUCUGCAGAAAAUUCCUCAAUUUAUUGGAAGAUUUCAGAGUCUUGUUGUUCUGGAUCUAUCCCGGAACUCAAUUGAAAGUGUACCUAAGGAAAUUGGCCAGCUGACCAGCCUCCAAGAGCUGCUUCUCAGUUACAAUAGAAUAAAGUCUGUUCCAAAGGAAAUAAGUAACUGCAUCAGUCUGGAAAGAUUGGAACUGGCUGUCAACAGGAAUAUCUGUGAUCUUCCUCCUCAGCUCAGUGAUUUAAAGAAGCUUUCACACAUAGAUUUGUGCAUGAAUCAGUUUACUACCAUCCCUUCAGCUCUCCUCAACAUGCCACAUCUAGAAUGGUUAGAUAUGGGGGGAAAUAAACUCCAGGAGCUUCCUGAUGCAAUUGACAGAAUGGAAAAUCUCCACACUUUAUGGCUCCAAAGGAAUGAGAUAAACUCUUUGCCAGAAACCAUUUGUAAUAUGAAAAAUCUUAGUACUCUUGUUCUUAGCAACAACAAGCUUAAGGAUAUUCCAGCUUGUAUGAAGGAUAUGACAAAUCUGAGAUUUGUCAACUUCAGAGACAACCCACUGGAGCUAGAGGUAACCCUCCCUCCGUGUGAGGAUACAGAGGAGGAGGAGCAGCAGGAAAUGUUCGGCAUUGACUUCAUGCACAUGUAUAUCCAAGAGUCCCUCAAGAAAACAGGAAAUCUGGAAAGUUGUACUUCUGAUCCUCCUCCGAUCAUAAAUCCUAAUGAAUAAAGAAUGUAACUGAGAAUGGAAGACAAUACCAAGUAUACUUCUUCCCAGCAAAGAGGCCUACAACAGGUGUCAAAUAUUCUUAGGGAUUUUAUUUUUCCACUGAUGAGAACUGGUUUGCAUAUGUGUAAUUCCCAGUGACACUGGGAAAUAUAAGACCUUUUCCUGGGUACAGGAAAGACUAAAACAUUUUUUUUUGUAAACACUGAAUUAGCUUUUUAAAAAAAUCCAGAUAAGUUUUUUAGGUUUUUUUUUCCCCUAACAAUUCCAAAUUAUCUCCUGUCAUGUAGUUGGCUCUGUUAUCAAAAAUGGACUUGGGACAGCUGUCAACAGGACAUUCUCCAAGGAUACAGCAGACUCUGUGUAAUACUGUAGUGCAGCCUUGUAUCCUUGUUGUUGUAAAUAUUCAAUCCGUCCGUGAUCAAUCAGCCGUUUACAGAGGCAACCUAUCUCCUUUCGUUCUUCAACAGUAAGUAUCCUAGUGAAUAAAAGGGAGGAAAAGAAUGAACAACAUCUGUCAGAGGAAUAGUUUGGUUAGUUAACAUUAGUAGUUAAACUCAGAGAAACUACUGAAAUCACUGUAAGUUCAUUUCAGUCAGGCAACUGUGACUCUUGAUAUAUUUUGAAAUGUACAUCCAUAAAACCUGUAUUUUUAAAGUAAAGUAUUUCUGUAAGUUCAGUAAUAA